AUGGUCUCCAAACGCGCUUUGCCAGAGCGGAGGAACCCCCUCCUCGAGCCCACCGACUCCACAGCCAUGGAGAUUUUGGUGGAGAGGCGCCGACUAGGCCAGACAAACCUCGCGGUGAAGCCUGGCAUUGCGGGUGUCACGAGCGCGACCAAAGCAGAGAACCUGGGCACCUUUGACUACGCGCACCUCCGGGUCCCGCUGCCCAAGGACCUCUCUGGAUCGGGCAUCUUCACCUUGAACCGCACCUCCGUCUACCCAGAGUCUUACUUCCUCAUGCGUCGUAGCGCCGAUGGCUAUGUCAGCGCGACGGGCAUGUUCAAGGCAGCAUUUCCUUGGGCCUCACUACGCGAAGAAGAGGCAGAGCGUCUAUACCAAAAGACAUUUCCCUCUGCAGGCCCGGACGAGGUGGCAGGCAGCGUGUGGAUCGCGCCCGAAGAAGCACUGGCGCUCUCAGAGGAGUACUCCAUGCGCCACUGGAUUGAGGCUUUGCUAGACCCCGCGCCAAUCGAGAAGGGCAACAAGGACAAACACAACCCGGCCAUCCAAGGGCCGCCCAAAUUCGACGUCAAGAACGCUAAGCCAGUCACCCUACCUCCAUACCUACCCAGUCCAGCCGUUCGCUCCACUCGCGCGCGAUCAACGCGCUCUGCCUCUCCCAGCAAGAUGGCCACCCCCAGUCGCAAAAUCGCUACACCGCGCAAACCACGGACAACCAGGAAUGCCGCCAAGGCCGACAAACCUGACGACUCCUUCGAAUCCGCUACGCCAGGCAGCGCGCUACAAACCCACAUCGCCAACGGCGCAACCCCCUCCGACUCGGCCGCAUCCUCCAUCAACGGCGACGCAAAGGAGCCCGCAGCCAAGCCAGCCCAAGUCCAAGAAGGCACCUUCCGCGUCGAAGUCCAAGAAACCACCGAAACAAACGGCAACGUCGAGACGACGACGACCAAUGUCAAACUCGACGUCCCCCACUCCCACCCGGAGCUCCCGGAGCCCGAAGACCCGAUGAAGAUGAUUGAGGAGGCCAAGCGCAUGGUCGCAGAGGCACAGGCACUCGAGGCCGGCUCGUCGGCCGCGGGCGCGUCGAGCGUGAAGCUGGCCAAGCGCAGAAUCGAAGACGUUGUUGAUGCGGCGGAAUUGGCGGAGGAGCGAUCGAGCAAGGCGGCAAAGGUUGCGUAUACUACGGAGCAGAAGUUGACAAAGGAGAAGGUGACGAGGAGGGCGUUGGUGGGUCUUGGUGUCAUGGCUGCUAUUGGUACCGCAUUCGGCUACCUCGCAUAA